AUGCCCACCCUAACUCAGACUCAGUCAACUCCUCGGUCGCCGUUUAUGCUGCCAGAGCUCGACCGCCUCAUUGCCAGUCACCUUGACCGCCCCACCCUGGCCAGUGCCACACGCGUAUCGAAGCAGUGGCACUCCAUCUUUACCCCUUUUCUCUGGAAACGACUCUCCCUCCAACACCUCUCCGAAGACGAUGACGAUACCGACGAAGACUUUGGCUUCUAUUCCACCUCCUCAAGAUCCGGCAGUCCUCGGUCUUCUGGAAUGCCCUCGCUGCCCUCCUCCUGCUCUUCGAAUUGGUCCUCCCUGUCGACCUCGUCUCUUGCAGCAGUACCGUGUUCAAUUGGGGUCAUAUGUGCAUCCUCGCCGACUUUUGCUGCCUCCGGUACUGCUGAUACUACUAUCGGUCCAAGGCUCACGCUGGUCCAACAUGCAUUCCUCAACUCAAGCCGUAACAAGGCCCUCAAGGGCCUUCGGCACUUUGGCCCUCUGGUUCACGAGCUCACCGCGACAGGGAUCACAGACCAAGAGAUGGGCGUGAUUAGUGUCUUGUGCACCAACCUCCGAGUCCUCGAGUUGAUCGGCGGACGGUAUUCGGCCGAGAAUCUGACUGAACUCUUCCAGCGCCGUCAAGGGUCCAUCCAGACUGUCCGGUUCCGGUCCUGUGUCCUCCUCAAGGACAUCUUUCGCCCUAUGGUCCACCUGUCAAACCUGCGCGAGUUUGAGUUGUACGGGUCCUUUGUCGGAAACACGAUUACGUCCCCCUACUUUUUCGAGCGCGACUUGAUCCCCAUGCUCGGAGCAUGCCCUCGCUUGCGGUCGAUUCUGCUCGAAAAGGUGUAUAUUGUCGAUCAGCAGAUUGAGCAUGGUGGGUGGGACACUGGAGGAAGAUGGGGUGGUGGCGGAGGAGGAGGAGUGGCUUUGUCGUUAUCUGCGACUGCAGGCGUACAAGGCAGCAAUCACGCUGGUAGCAUGAGCAUGCCUGCAUCAUUGCUCACUGCCCAACAAGAGAGUGCCACUGCGACCACGACACCUUCCUUAUCUCUGUCGCAAUCGACCUCGACUUCGCUGCUGUCAGCCCAAUUGAAAUCCCCUGCCGCUAGCAUCAACACCAACCCCCUCCGUUCGCCAUCGUCGCUCCAAUCGUUCACGCUAGACUGUGGCGAAAUUCCUGAGUCGGUGAUUAUGACGAUGUUGACCUACACUCCUACGGUCGACCAACUGGCCUUGAACUGGAGUCGUGAGCUGACCGACUUUUCCCUCUCAAGCCUCCAAUACAUCUGCCCCCACCUCACGCAGAUCUCUCUCAGUCACACCUUGAUGGUCACUCCUGAAGGAUUUAUGACCCUCUUCCGGAGCUACCCAAGUCUGGUCUCGAUCGAUAUCGGCUACAACAUCCUCUCGGAUGCUGUGCUCGAGGAAUUGGCACGGUCAUGCCGAUCGCUCCGCCAAUUGAACAUCAACUCUUGUCAGAAUGUCACUGACCUUGGCGUCCAGGCCAUCCUCUUUAACUGUGCGCGCCUCGCAUCAUUCAGUCUUCGAUUCAUUGCCGGACUAUCUUGUCUCCUCUUUAACGACAUUGUGACGACCGAUGUGUCCAUGGAUUUGGUCUCUGGUUCACCCCCUACUAGCAAGUCGUUCUCAUUUUCCUCUUCACCACCACCUUCACUCUCGUUCGUUUCUCGAACCCGUCUCCCAUCUUUUCCUCGAUCCUGGGCGUGUUGCGACACUCUGCAGACUCUUCACCUGCCUGAUCUCGUCUCUCCCAACAAAACUAUCCUUGCCAAGUAUCACCAUCAGCAGACUCUACUCGGCCAUCGUCUCGACAGUGAUCCACUUCAGCCUCUUCGAAGCGACGAGAUGAUCCAAUCACGUCUCCAACAACUCGACAAGGUCAAGCAUCUUACUAUCGGCGGCCACAGCCUCGAUCUGACUGUUGUCCUCGAUGGGCUUCACCGACCCCAUGAACUCGAGAGUCUUCGGAUCACAAAGCUGAAGAGGACAAUGACCAUGCAAGAUGCUCAUUGGCUUGUUGAUAUUGCCGCGCCUAAUCUGCAAAAACUAUUUAUCCCCAUGUUUGGCAAUCGCUCUGUUACCGAGUGGAUCGAGGCCCGACGACCUGGUCUCUUGGCACACGAGAAGUAG